GAGAAGGUUGUGUCAGAUGUUAUAAGAUUCAUUUAAUAAAAUAUUUUAAUUCCUGAAAGAAAGGGAUGUGAUGAUAAUUUAUGCAGUUAUAAAUGUUUGAAAGCAUUCAUAGAACACAUGACAAUGCCAGGACAUAGACCAGAACAUGCAGCACGAUUGGGGUUAGCCUUAGCCUUUUAUUGAUCUAACAACGGGAGCUUGACACGGGGUGCAGAGAGGGCACGUCUGUCUCGGACUUGUAUCGACCCUGACACAAAAAACUAUUAUCUACUUGAUCGUAAUGUGAAGCCAGAUUGCACUGCUUACUCUGACAUUGGGCAACAUCUCUGCCUCCUUAAGAAAACACAUAACAAGUUAACAAUCUGUUCUUCCCAUGAAGUGUGUCAAAUCUAAUGAUGGACAAAAUGUGAAGUGUCUUUUUGCUCUUGUUGUAUACUCUUUCAUUUACAACUACAGAGAAACUUUUGUCCCUUUUGAAAUGGGGGUUUUAGACAUGUUAAAUAAUUGUAUGUAUGGGGACGUUCACUAUGUAUAAUGUAUUACUAACAGUAAACUUUGUCACCUCGUUUUUUGGCAGGCAUUCAUUGAGGUUUGGACCCAUUACCAUGGUAACAAAGAAAAAGUGGAAAAGUGGGGCUUUUUUACCGGCAUUUAAGGUUGUGAAAAAGGUCUUUGUUAGCCCAUUUUUUAACCUUGCAGAGCCUAAAUUUAGCUGUUACUGAAAACCGAAGGCUUUGAAACCUAACUACAAAUGUAAAUCAGAGUUGCUUAGGGUUUUACAGGAAAUCAGAAAAUAGUUAUCAUGAAAUAAGGAACUUUCCUCAAAUCCCACAUAAAGUCUCAUAAAAGUUUAAAUUUGUAACAUUUAACCCUUUCAAGACAAACCUCAGAUUACAUACAGCUUUGGCUAAAUAAGGUUGUUUAUGCUAUUGAUUUAGUUUGUUUUCUUUAAAGGCCACAGGAUCAUUUGUCAUGUCUUCGUGGACAUUAGUGUCUGUCGUCUGUCCUCAUUUUUCUCACUGGAGCUUUCAUCACUGUCUAAACUCGAAUCUGUGGACAGGACCGGGCUCCCACGUGAUAUUUUCGCCAGGGUCAUGGUCCAGUGGUACUGACUAGUGUAUAGCUUUUGCUGUGCACCCUCCUUCCUUCCCUUCUCAGAGUUGCAUUUAUCUCUCUGCAUGGUUUUGGCAGCGAUGUGCUUUUCCCAGCGUUCAUCCAGGAGAGGCAGAGAGGAGGGGAGCGGGGCCCUUUCAAGUGAGGAAUGACGGACGCUUUAUUUAAAGAGGCAGGGCCUUUUGAGAGGCUGGCCCCUCAGUGCUAGCCCCCUCAUACCCCAUGUGUCUGGCCCAUUGUCACUGGGUGGUGGCAGACCCCCCCCUCCAACCCCUUCUCUCACACACCCACACACCACCUCCACCAGGCGCUUUGUCACUGUAAGUCACCUCAGAGACUGAAGCAGACCUGCUUAAAAAAAAAAAAAAAAAGUAAAAAACGCACCGAUUUGCCACAGUAACUCUUUACCAUUCUGGUACUGUCGGGUCUGUGGGGAAAAAAACGCAGAAAGAAACUAAAUUGUCUGCCUGUCACAAAAUAUACAGCAGACACACAUAUGGGCGUGACGUGCAGGAAGAAGGGACAGGAGAAAGAAGGGAUAAAGUCGGAGGGUUAUCAGGGAUGGUGAGAAGCAGCAAAAGCUGCAGAGCGUUGAAGGGUGGACAUUGAGAAUCUCUGAAAAUGAACAACAGGCGGAAAGAUGCAACAGAGAUGAGAACAACUGAAAGAAUUAAUCCAGAAAAGUAGCCUCAAGUACCACCAGGAUGUGUUCAGGAACUCCAUCAGGACAGCGUGGGGUGCCCGUUUGUUUUUAGCUGCGUGUGUGAAAUGUGUGUCUUUAGAUACAGGCAGCAUUCCUCCAGAGAUAAACCCAUGGGCCCCCAUCCACUGAGCCCCCACCCUCCUUAGGCUCUCCCCCUGUCCAGCUUACUCAAGUGUGUGAGUCUGGGCCGUGCUCGUUUGUGUUUACGGUGGAUGGGGUCUGCUUGCCCUGCACCGUAGCACUUGCAGGGGGCAACAGAAAAGAGAAACACAAAACGUAAGAAAGGGAGAGCAGACGGGCCAGCAGGCAUGCCAGUCAAGACCGUCACUUUCGGAGCAGAUGCUGGCAAUAGUUUUCUUCGAGCAGCCCGAUCUGGCAACCUGGACAAGGCCCUGGAGCAUAUAAAAAAUGGCAUUGAUAUUAACACGGCCAAUCAGAAUGGACUCAAUGCAUUGCAUCUGGCCUCCAAAGAGGGCCAUGUCAAAAUGGUGCUGGAGCUGCUUCACAAUGGAAUUGUACUUGAGACCACGACAAAGAAGGGGAACACAGCCCUGCACAUUGCUGCUCUGGCAGGACAGGAGCAGGUGGUGACAGAGCUGGUUAACUAUGGGACCAAUGUCAACGCUCAGUCCCAGAAAGGUUUCACUCCACUCUACAUGGCUGCACAAGAAAACCAUCUAGAGGUUGUGAAGUUUCUUCUGGAGAAUGGAGCCAAUCAGAGCAUUCCAACCGAGGAUGGCUUCACUCCGCUCGCAGUGGCUCUGCAGCAGGGACAUGAGAAUGUCGUUGCCCUGCUCAUCAGCUAUGGCACUAAAGGGAAAGUCCGUCUCCCAGCUCUGCAUAUUGCAGCACGAAACGAUGACACACGCACCGCUGCCGUACUAUUACAAAACGACCCCAAUCCUGAUGUACUAAGCAAGACUGGAUUCACCCCACUACACAUUGCUGCACAUUAUGAGAACUUGAACGUUGCUCAGCUGCUGCUCAAUCGAGGAGCAAAUGUCAACUUUACCCCAAAGAACGGCAUCACCCCUCUGCACAUUGCUUCCAGACGAGGAAAUGUGAUCAUGGUCCGACUCCUGCUGGACAGAGGGGCCCAGAUUGAUGCCAAGACCAAGGAUGAGUUGACUCCUUUGCAUUGCGCAGCCAGAAAUGGUCAUUUCAGGAUUAUAGAGAUACUGUUGGACAACGGAGCACCCAUACAGGCAAAAACUAAGAAUGGCCUCUCUCCAAUCCACAUGGCAGCACAGGGGGACCACAUGGACUGCGUCAAGCAGCUCCUGCAGUACAACGCAGAAAUAGAUGACAUCACGCUGGACCAUCUUACCCCUUUGCAUGUGGCAGCCCACUGCGGGCAUCACCGCAUGGCCAAAGUGCUGUUGGACAAAGGGGCAAAGCCCAACUCCAGGGCCUUGAAUGGUUUUACUCCUUUGCAUAUUGCCUGUAAAAAGAACCACCUCCGUGUGAUGGACCUCCUGCUAAAACACUCAGCAUCAAUAGAGGCUGUAACUGAGUCUGGCUUAACCCCCCUGCAUGUGGCAUCGUUUAUGGGUCAUCUAAAUAUCGUGAAGAUCCUCUUGCAGAAAGGAGCCUCCCCCAGUGCCUCUAAUGUGAAAGUGGAAACUCCUCUGCACAUGGCGUCACGUUCAGGACACUUUGAGGUGGCAGAGUUCUUACUACAGAAUGCAGCACCAGUGGAUGCCAAAGCUAAGGAUGAUCAGACACCUCUGCAUUGUGCUGCUCGGAUGGGUCAUAAAGAGCUGGUGAAGCUUUUGCUGGAGCACAAAGCCAACCCUAACUCCACCACCACCGCUGGCCACUCACCUCUACACAUCGCUGCUCGAGAAGGUCACGUCCAAACUGUGAGAUUGCUUUUGGACAUGGAGGCACAGCAAACCAAAAUGACCAAGAAAGGCUUCACUCCACUGCAUGUGGCAUCCAAGUAUGGCAAGGUGGAUGUAGCAGAGCUACUGCUUGAGAGAGGAGCCAACCCUAAUGCAGCUGGGAAGAACGGUCUGACUCCGCUGCAUGUUGCCGUUCAUCACAACAACCUGGAUGUGGUCAACUUACUCGUCAGUAAAGGGGGUUCACCACAUAGUGCCGCAAGGAAUGGCUAUACUGCCCUCCAUAUUGCAGCAAAGCAAAACCAGGUGGAGGUAGCAAACAGCCUCCUGCAGCAUGGAGCUUCAGCCAAUGCUGAGUCACUGCAGGGGGUCACACCUCUCCACUUGGCGUCUCAGGAAGGCCGGCCUGAUAUAGUCUCCUUGCUAAUCUCCAAACAGGCGAACGUCAACCUUGGCAACAAGAGUGGGUUGACUCCCCUGCACCUUGUAGCACAAGAGGGACAUGUGGGCAUUGCAGAUAUUUUGGUCAAACAAGGCGCUUCAGUCUAUGCUGCUACUCGGAUGGGCUACACACCUCUCCAUGUAGCAUGUCACUAUGGAAACAUCAAGAUGGUGAAGUUUCUCCUGCAGCAACAGGCUAACGUCAACAGCAAAACAAGGCUGGGUUACACUCCUUUACAUCAGGCUGCACAGCAGGGACACACAGACAUAGUGACACUUCUGUUGAAGCAUGAUGCCCAGCCUAAUGAGAUCACUACUCAUGGCACUUCUGCCCUUGCCAUUGCCAAGAGGCUUGGCUACAUCUCUGUGAUUGACGUCCUGAAGCUCGUCACUGAGGAGACUGUUUCUAUGACGACCACAGAGAAACAUCGAAUGAGUUUUCCAGAAACCGUAGAUGAAAUACUAGAUGUGUCUGAGGAUGAAGGAAUUGCACAACUAACUUUAGGAGAGGAACUUUUGGGGACAGAAGGGGCCAGGUACAUGAAGAUGGAUGACAUGAAAGACCAUGAUGCCGAUUUCCUCUCCCCCAAGAAAUCACUGGAGUACGAGAGAGGGCUGGGAACAGCAAAUUAUUCACCUGCCAUUCCCAGAAUUCCACGGGUCUCUCCAGAAACUGUCAUCCUGAAAGAACAAGAGAUAACCCAGCAACACACUCCACUCCCGCUGCCAAAAGAGUAUGAUGAGGACUCUCUGAUUCCCAGCAGCCCCGCAACUGAGACGUCCGAUAACGUCAGCCCCGUCGCCAGUCCAAUACACACAGGGUUUUUGGUCAGUUUCAUGGUGGAUGCUCGAGGCGGUUCAAUGCGAGGCAGCAGGCAUAAUGGUCUGCGUGUCAUCAUACCUCCACGGACGUGUGCGGCACCCACCCGCAUUACCUGCCGCCUGGUGAAGCCGCAGAAGCUGACCAGCCCCCCUCCACUGGUAGAAGGAGAGGGGCUGGCCAGCAGAAUCAUUUCCCUAGGUCCAGCUGGGAUGCAGUUUCUUGGACCUGUGAUUGUAGAGAUCCCCCACUUUGCUGCGCUGGGUCGAGGUGAUCGUGAACUUGUGGUCCUGAGGAGUGAGAAUGGUUCAGUCUGGAAGGAGCAUCGCAAUCGCUAUGGCGAUGAGGUGCUAGAGACGAUCCUGAACGGGAUGGAUGAGGAACUUGAAAGUCAAGAGGAACUCGGGAAGAAGAGAAUCCGCCGGAUCAUUUCUACGGACUUCCCACUUUACUUUGCUGUUGUGUCGAGAGUACAGCAAGAGAGUGACCUGAUCGGUCCUGAAGGAGGUUCACUGACAAGUAAACUGGUUCCGAUGGUUCAGGCCACGUUUCCCGAGACGGCAGUCACCAAACGUGUUCGCCUGGGGCUGCAGGCUCAACCAGUUCCAGAUGAGCUGGUUGCAAAGCUGCUUGGCAAUCAAGCCAACUUUAGCCCAGUGGUCACUGUGGAGCCUCGGCGGCGCAAGUUUCACCGCCCCAUCGGCUUGCGCAUACCACUGCCUCCUUCCUGGAGGGACAGUCCUCGAGACUCAGGAGAAGGGGACACCACUAGCCUGCGACUUCUCUGCUCUGUCAUAGGUGGCACUGCCUCAGCUCAGUGGGAGGACAUUACUGGCACCACAAAACUUAUAUAUGCCAAUGAUUGUGCCAGCUUUACAACCAACGUGUCAGCCCGAUUCUGGCUGGCAGACUGCCCUCGGACAGCUGAGGCCGUCUCCUUUGCUAACCUGCUCUACAGAGAACUGUCAGCUGUGCCCUACAUGGCAAAGUUUGUGGUGUUUGCAAAGAUGAACGAGUUGCGCGAAGGCCGUCUGCGCUGCUACUGCAUGACUGAUGACAAGAUGGAUAAAACUCUGGAACAACACGAGAACUUCGCAGAGGUGGCUCGCAGCAGAGACAUAGAGGUGAUGGAGGGAAUGCCCCUUCAUCUGGAGUGUUCAGGAAACCUUCUGCCUGUCAGGAAGGCCACUCAGCAGCCUCGCUGCUUCAGUUUCCAGGCUUUUAGGGACAACCGACUUCCUGUCACUGUCAAGGUGAGAGACAGCAGUAAAGAACCCACUGGAUUUCUCUCCUUUCUGCGAAAAUCCACCAAGUAUGAGGACAGUCAACAUGUGCUCUGCAACCUAAACAUUACAAUGCCUCCGUGCAUUACGAUGAGGGGAAGUGAAGACCGGAGGCGAACUCUGACCCCGCUGGCUUUGAGAGAAAGAUACAACGCUCUUAAUGAGCCUGCAAUGGCAUCAAUGAGUGCCAUGGAGAGGACGGAGUUGAAGAUGGCUGUUAUAGCAGAACAGCUCGGACUGAGCUGGGCGGAAUUGGCACGUGAACUUCAGCUUAGUGUGGAUGACAUAAAUAAGAUUCGGGUGGAGAAUCCAAACUCCCUUCUUGAGCAGAGCUCGGCUCUGCUCAACCUGUGGGCCACUCGUGAAGGAAAGAGGGCCAAGAUGGAGAGCUUGUACACAGCUCUGAAGAGCAUCGACCGCAUGGACAUCAUCAACAUGUUGGAGGGUCCUCCUGCCCAGCCUGAGAGGCAGGGCUCCCGGGAUUUCAGCCGACGCUGCCAUGGCAGAGAGCAUCUCUCCCCGGGUAUGACCAAUGGUUAUGGGCUUGGACAGGAAGAGCUUCUCUCGCCGGCCUCCAUGCAGUACAGCCUACCCUCUCCACUGGAGGCUGAGCCUUACUGGCAGGAGGUUUCCAGUCUGGACUGUGCACCCAUUGCCACCACAGAAGAAGACACUCUGAUGGAGAUGUCAGAUGUGCAGGUGUGGCCCUCGGGCAACAGCCCAUCCUUGGUCCCUGUGGAGGACUCCUCCCUGGAAUGCAGCAAUGCUGACGACUCGGAAGGUCUGUUGGGGUUGCCCCGUGGAAGUCUGGGUCGGCCGGCCAGUCAGGCCAGCGCAGCCAGUGGAGGGGGUGGGAUUCUGAGUGGUUCCAUUGAGCUGCCAGAAGACGACUCAGAGAUGGGUGUUGACUCUCUGAGCACCACAACGCCAGCCUCGCUGGGGGGCACCAUCGCUGGAAUAAAUCUUAAUGGGCUGAACAAUGGUCAGGGGUCUGAGGCGAGCUCAGAGUUAUCGGCCGUCACAAAUACGACUGGUGGUGAAGGAGCUGGAGGAGGAGGAGGGCGAGAAGGCGGAGCGGGUUCAGAGGAAGGACUUUCUCUCGUUGCAGGACAACAAAGAGUGUAUGCUCGAUUAAGUGAGUCACCUGGUCUGAGCUGUGUUGCAGAUCGGAAUGGAGACAGGUCAGAUAAUGUUGGAAAUGGGGGAGGAAGUGGCACUUUCCUUUCCUACCUUCAGGAGCAAACAGGCCCAGGGUGGAUUCCUGCUACUGACCCAACUCAAGCUUGGGUUGGCAUUCAGUCCAAGUCCAGGCAUGUUAUGGACACCAUGAUUUCAUCAGUCCAUAACUCUGUGGAUGGAGACCCAUCCCAUGUGUCCCAAGAGGCCUUGCUUCAGCCUGUAAGAGACAUGGGACACUCUGAGAUCUUAAGAGGACAAUUCAGAGGUACCCAGCCUUUCGAGAAGGGUUUGGGAUUUCCUCACAGGGUGCCAGAGCUGAGAGCCUGGGAUGAUGUGCGUCUAAAGGGCCAGGGUGAUGAGGUUGAAGAUCUGCCUGGGGAACAAGUGAGCGAGGAACAGUUCACAGAUGAGCAUGGAAACAUUGUCACAAAGAAGAUUGUACGGAAGGUUGUGCGCAGAGGGAAGGGAUCAGGUGAGGAGGGGGUUCAGGAGCUCAGCAUGGACGGUUCUCUGCAGGACGACCUGGAGGCCGAUGCUGAGCAGUACAUGAGCUACGCCAUCUUGGGUCGGGGAAGCGGCAAGUCCGAUUCUGUGGAUGUGAAGAAAGGUGCUCAGAUAGUGAAAUGUGCCAGUCUGCGGAGAGUUAAGCAGUGAAUUCUGCGUCCCCACAGAGUUCUUCGCAGGAUUCCCUCCCUUCAUCAAAACCAUCGUACACGGACACAUGACAAGCAGCCGGUGACCGGAGAAAGAUCACCCAUCAAAAAGCAAAAAACCAGAAAUGAAGACCCCAACACUAUUACAACCCCAGAGGCUAUUCCAACUAUGAGCACGCAUCAGAGGAAAAGGAUACAGAUCAGCCUAUCGUUUUUAAUGACCUUCUUUUUUUUUAAAGAAACUUUGGGGAAAAAACAUCUACUAGGGUAUAAGCAUGAUUUCAUACAAAAACAGAACACAAACAAAAAAAACAAAAAAACUAGCAAUGAAAAUUUCCUUCCUGUAAUCUGUAUCAGCAUGAGUGACUGCUGCCGCAUGGCCUGUCUUCAACUACAAUUACCGGGGGUGAAUGGGGCGGGGAUGGGACAGGCAUGGAAUGUAGGUCAAUAACCGACCCAUUUUCUAAACUAACAGGGAAAAGCUCAAAAGUCAGCGUGACUUUAAGAAAAAACUAAAAAAGGAAAUGAAAACUGAAAAACACGUUAUCUCUAGGUAGCAGGUUGUCCCUCUCCUCCACACCACAGGGAUCAAACUUGUCUCAGUGCUCUCUAAAUCCAGUGAAGCUACACUUAUCCCCCCAAAAUAUCAGUGUUGUACAUAAUAUUGUAUGCACUAAAAUGCUUUAUGUGACUGUGUGUUACCUGUGUUGUUUUUGUUAUUAGAUCCUUGUGUGACGUCUCAGAUGCUGCUGCUUGAGAUACAUUGGAAAUUCCUUCAUUUUUCCUGUUGGGUUCUUUUCCUCGGAACCUCUAUAAUAUUCUAUAUAUCCAGAUCUUUGUGGUUAACGGAACAUGAGAACGUUGUGUUGCUCUGCUUGUUUUGAAUGUUGGAUUUACACGGGUCCAGUCUUUUAGUGGAUUUCAUCCAUUGUUUUAUACAUGCAGACGGCAGGAGGGGUAAUCACUUAUUACUGCCUCCUUCUGAUAGGGUUUUCUAGUUACUGCGACGCCCUGAGCUAGUCUUCCCUUUCUUAAUCUAAACUGCUCCAUGUCGUUUCUUUGUGAGGUUUGUGUUCAAAAUUCUGUACAACAUCGCCACCUUCCAUUCUCCUGUCCUGUCAUGGUCGGUCUCCAGGAGCAGAUGUAGCAGUCCUGUCUUCCUCCAACUUACGCUGGGAUCUCCACCUUCAUAUCCCAGCUGUGUGUCUUGACUUCAUCGUGCAGCAUUUGACACCACUUAUGCAGCCUCUCUGCGCCAGAAGAUGUCACUUGAUGAGGUAGCUGAAACACUGGUAAUGAUGUAGCACUGGUUUGACCAGGCACAAUGUGAAAUUGGAUAUAAGGGAGCUUUUUGUCGAGGGAGAAGCUUGUGUCUGGCUAAAAUGGUUGUCUCUUCGGAUUGUAGCAAAGACGGUCACCGAUCACUGUGAUGAGAAACUGUAUUACUGACCCCUAACUGUGAGCCUGACCUGUCUCUCAUGUCCCUUUUUACUUUGCCGUCUUCAUCAUUGCCUUCUGUCUUGACUGUGUUUCAGAAGUAGCAAUAACAUCUUACAUAAGGAAAGUAAUGCUUGUGUCUUGAGUGGGUGUGUAUGGCAAACAAGGGCAGAUAGGAGUUUACGGUCGUUCAGUGCUGGAGUUUGGAGCUCCUCAUUCUAUACAGUAAUGAUGUCAGUGCAUUAGCAUUAGCAUAAAAUGUACGCUGGUCAAACAUGAGCUCAACCCAUCUCAUCUGCAGCAAUCACACCUUUUUUUUUCAAUUUUUGAAAAUUAGUUUUAAAUGUUCAUGCACCUUAAAAGAUAUUCUGUUGUGGUGAGUCUGAGAGUGACUAUAAUUUCUAAAACCACAUAUUUAUUUCUUGAUGGAGGGGACAAUCUCCAUGUGAUAAUGUCAGAUAUCAACACUUCAAAGGACUAUUUGUGGAAAUCUAAAUCACUUAUUUAUUAUAAGUUUAAUUACUAUACCAUCGUAUUGACAAUUAUCGACACAAAUUUAUUUAAACAUAAUAUAUAUUUGAGUCACAGAAAUGUUGCAAUAAACCUACACUAAUGGGUGUUCCGUCUGACUCUAAAGCCAGAGAUGAUGAAUGUAGUCUUGGUGAAUUGUUAUGAAGUGGUCAUCUGUUUUAGCUCUGUAUUUUAGUCGAGUAUAUUAAAUUAUAAUUUUUAUCAUCAUUUUAGGCACAAAGGGGUAUGUUUUUAAGAAAAAAAUGCUCCAAAAUUUUUUUGAAUAUACAUGGACGCUCUACCAGCUUUAUUUUAGUCUUUUUUUUUUUUUAUAACCACAGAGGUAUGAUAUUUCAAGUUAAAUCACAUAGGAUGAUUUUCUCUUUACAGCAGAAUUUCCUUUUCAGCUUUAUUUUUUUUUCAAAUAAGGUAUGAAAUGAAUGCUAAUCCAAAAUAAAUAUAUAGAUAUGCCUAAAUAUUUUAGUAAAGAACUGAGCUAUUUAUUUGAUACAACUUCACAAGAAUUCUUUUUUAUGGGACUUUUUUCAAUCUUUAUUUAUGUUUGCUUUUUCUUUUUCCAUUUCAGCAAUGCAGGAAGCUGACAGUAAAGCUGCUUGAUCUAGUAAAUGGUAAUAAACACUACUGUUGUAAAAGGACAGAAAACAAUAAUAUUGGGGGGAAAAAAGAGAUGUAAUGGAAAAAUUAGCGCAUCAUCUAUAUCCAUUUUGUGAGGUUAAUUUUAUCGCCACUUUAACUCGCUCUCAAUCAUUUCUGUUCAUAAAGGUUUUUAUUUAAUAUAGACUAAAAUGUCAUGCUUAUGUUCCAGUCUAUAAGCUUGUGUUUUGGGUGAUUUCUAAAGCAGUGGAACCUAUAAACCCACUCUUGAUGUCAGGGUUAAAGCUAAAGGUAGGUUUUGUGGCUACACAAAGGCAAGCGCGACAAGCGUCUUCCUCAAAGCAGCCUUCCCGCAAUUUUCGUCUGCCCUCAUACCAAAUGUGAGACUGAGACUUCCAAAAUGGCGACUGUUUGAAUGUGCAAAGAAAGGAAUCCAAUGAACGCAAGCAAAGGGAGUCGUGGUCGUGAAAGAGGAAAAACUCGACAGUCCUGCACUUGAGGGCUAAGGCGAUACCAUGCACCAAAUUCAUGCAAAAAUAUAAACUUGCAAAAACUAGAGAAUACGUGUAUAUUCCUUUAGAAUGGUUUGGAGACAUUAUUGCAGUAAUAUUACUCUAUACUAAGGAAUGCAACUGCACACAUGCACAGAAGAUGUUUUUAAAAAUGAAAAGAGUAUAUAUAUAUAUAUAUAUAUAUAUAUAUAUAUAUAUAUAUAUAUAUAUAUAUAUAUAUAUAUAUAUAUAUAUAUAUAUAUAAAAUGAAAUAUAUAAACAUAUAUAUUUAUUUAGAAUGCUAUGCACCCUUACUUGUCAAAUGGGAUUCUAGUUAUGUUAUGGAUGUACUUUUAGCAUCAUACAGCUGUAGCUACCAAGAGACUGUUGAGUUCUGGGUAAUGCCUGCAACACUGGGACAAAUAGGGGUAUUGUGGGUAUUUUAACUAGUUUUGCUUCCUUUUUUUAUUUUCAUGGAGAGUCAAAGAUGGAUUUAAAAUGUACUUGUAAAAUCCUUUUAAUCCAAUCAAAAUACAAGGACAUCUAUUGACAAUUUACUCUGUACACCAGCUCAACAUUUACAAAAUUAAUAAAGAAAUGAAAUGUC